GGAUGUGCGCUGGGUCUUCGGGUAAAGAUGGCGGAGCGUGGUUACAGCUUUUCGCUGACUACAUUCAGCCCAUCUGGUAAACUUGUCCAGAUUGAAUAUGCUUUGGCUGCUGUAGCUGGAGGAGCCCCUUCAGUGGGAAUUAAAGCUGCAAAUGGUGUGGUCUUGGCAACUGAGAAGAAACAGAAAUCCAUUUUGUAUGACGAGCGAAGUGUCCACAAAGUGGAACCAAUCACCAAGCAUAUAGGUUUGGUGUAUAGCGGCAUGGGCCCAGAUUACAGAGUGCUUGUGCACAGAGCUCGAAAACUAGCUCAACAAUACUAUCUCGUUUAUCAAGAACCCAUUCCCACAGCUCAGCUGGUACAGAGAGUAGCUUCCGUGAUGCAAGAAUACACCCAGUCAGGUGGUGUUCGUCCAUUUGGAGUUUCUUUACUUAUUUGUGGUUGGAAUGAGGGACGACCAUAUUUAUUUCAGUCAGAUCCAUCUGGAGCUUACUUUGCCUGGAAAGCCACAGCAAUGGGAAAGAACUAUGUGAAUGGGAAAACUUUCCUUGAGAAAAGAUAUAAUGAAGAUCUGGAACUUGAAGAUGCCAUUCAUACAGCCAUAUUAACCCUAAAGGAAAGCUUUGAAGGGCAGAUGACAGAAGAUAACAUAGAAGUUGGAAUCUGCAACGAAGCCGGAUUUAGGAGGCUGACUCCAACUGAAGUUAAGGAUUACUUGGCUGCCAUUGCAUAACAAUGAAGUGACUGAAAAUCUGGAAUUUCAGAUAACCUCUCUACUUAAACAUGUUUAAAGUAUGUUUUUGUUUUGCAGACUUUUUGCAUACUUAUUUCUACAUGGUUUGAUGGACUGAUGUUUUUAAAAUGAGACUUAUAAAUCAUAAUAAACCAUUAAAUUCAACUUCCUGCUUUUUAGGAAUUAGUAAAAUUUUAACAUAGUUAUAUCCUGCUUUUCAUCACAGUUGAUUUCUGGAAACUGCAUUACAAAGCAGAAUGGUGAAACUGUCUUUAGUCCUCAUGCAGUUUGGGUUAAGUCAAAUCUUGUUACUCUCUUUGCUGUCAGAUGUCUGCUUCAGUAAAGCAAAAUGCUGAUUUCGGUAAACACUGCUUUUAGAGCUGGGAGAAUCUGCAGACUUUUCAUGGAUUCUGAGACAAGGUGGAAGCACAGAUGUUUUUCAGGCACCAUUAAGUGUGGGUUAGUGAAACCCUAGGAUGCUCUGUGAGAUUGCACAGGAGCUGCCAAGAGUGUUAAGCCAAACAGUCUCCUAUAGGAGAUAUAUUAUGUACAUACAUAAAAAAUGGUGUGCUAGUUCCUGUUGGCUUUUCCAUCACAAGUAGGUAAAUGUAUUUAAAAAGAGCCCCCUAGAAUCUACUAAAUCUUUUUAACUCAAGGAUGAAUGUGAGUGCUGGAAAUAAAAUACUAAUACUUAAAUGUCAAAA